AUGUCCGACCCCAACGACGUAUGGCAAAACUCUUCUCGAGACCAAGAAGGUUCUCCCCGUCGAGAUGACGGUGGUCGAUCUCCUCGAAGAGAUAGAUCAAGAAGUCCAGCUGCUAAAGCUAAUGGUAACGGUGACAACCGAGGUCGAACCGAAGAUGGAGCUACUCAAAACCCAGGUAACAACCUUCAUAUUAGUGGUUUGUCCAGAUCCGUAGACGAACCCAAACUCAGGGAGGUUUUCGCCUCUAUCGGUAAAGUAACUAAGGUUCAAAUCAUGCUUGAUCCCCACAGUCAGGAAUCAAGAGGUUUCGGUUUCGUCAUGAUGGAGGCUGGUGAGGAUGCUCAAGCUGCCAUUGAGAAACUCAACGGUCAACCCCUUGAGGGUAAGACCCUUACUGUCGCUCAUGCUCGAAGAGGUCGUGCACGAACCCCUACUCCUGGUAGAUACCAUGGUGUCAAGGUUGAUUCUGCUCCUCGGUCUUACGGUGGUGGUGGCGGUGGUUUCGAUAGACCUUACCAACCUCGAUCAUAUGAUUCUCGAUACUCUGACCGAGGUCCUCCUCGAGGCGGUUACGAUGACAGAGAUAGACGAUAUGAGGACAGACGCGUAGACGACAGACGAUAUGAUGACAGAAGAUCUUACCGAGAUGAUCGAGGUGGCAGGGACGAUUAUCGACCUAGAGAAGCACCUCCCAGAGAUUCUGAACGAGAUGCUCCAAGAGGUGGUGGAGGUUAUGAGAGAAGAGAAGAAAGACCUCGUUACGAGGAAAGACCUCGUUAUGACGAACGACCUAGAUAUUAG